AUGCCACACACUAGGCUACUCCUGCUACUGCUCAUACUGUGCAUGGCCCAGUCAAGUCUCCACUAUAACUUUUACAAAACAGAGUCGAUUUUCAGCUGUCUUAAAGAAGUCCUUGAGGAAGCGAAAAGGAGAAGUUUAGAAGACAAUACAGUUCUUAGCAAGAGGGGCUAUGACUUUGGACCAAGGGAUAAUCUAUUGUCUCAAGAAGAGGAGGAAGAAGAGGAUGAGAAAGAGAAAAGGACAUUCCCAGCUGCGCGGUAUAGAUAUCUGUCACAGGCCCAGGUGAAGGGCAAGGUGUAUCAAAACAAGGCAAAAAGUGACCGCCGGACCAAAUUCACUCUUUCAUUGGAUGUACCUACUAAUCUAAUGAACAUCCUGUUCGACAUUGCAAAGGCUAAAAACAUGAGAGCAAAGGCUGCAGCAAAUGCCCAACUGAUGGCCCAGAUUGGUAGGCGAAAGUAAGGCUGGCUAGGCCGUGCAUGGCUCACAAAGAGAGAUAGAUAAAUUAGCACAGGACUUGUGUCAAGAAAUCUCCUGUCCCACACAUGGCCGAACCUUAGAACUUUGUACAGUACACUGCUAUAUUAUGAGUCCUUCAAAGCUGCAUUUACUUCCUACAUGUCUAUGCCCAAGGGGUGAUAUGUCACCCUCCUUGCCCUCUUUUAUAAUUCGUUUAUAAAAUUAUUUUGUUCUAUUUUGUUACAUUUUCUCUAUCUUUAUCUCUUCCCAACUCUCUGAAAUUUCUGUA